GAAAAAGUAUAAAUUUUUUGUGACUAUUUUAUCUUAUAAUUUUGGGAAAUGAACGUAGAAGUGUUUUACAUACCCUUGCUAUUUGUGAAAAGAUAAUAUUGGUGAUUUGUAUUCUGAGUAGGAACAGGUUUGAUAAAGAAAGUGUUGGGGGCAUUGAAUGCAACAGUCUAAGGUGUCUGAGUGCAUCACAUGCAAACAAUGUCCUUCACAUAAACGCUGUUGCUUUCUUCCAAGUCCUCAGUCUCAAUCCAUUGGCAGCAUUUUCGGUGGUUAUCAUGUAAGAUGUUGACAUACAAUCCUUAACUUUCAAUGGAAGCCAGCUCAACGUUUCAUCACUAAGCCAUUUUUGCUUUUGCUUCUAUUAGUGAAACCACCAUAGCUCCAUAAUUAUCUUAAUAUCAAUUUAAGUCAAACAAUAAUUAUCUGGUGUCAUUAAGCAAAUGCAAAUCUUGCUAUAAAUGUAAACGCAAUAUUUCUUCUAAAAGAACAACAGUUUCUAUUACAAUUCAUUCACAGCUUGUGUUUGUUUCUUUUACACAUGCAAUCAUGAACCUUCUCUGCUAAACAUUCCCCAACAACCAAUUAAAUUCGCAAAGUCCAGCUUUCUAACGUGAGAAAAUUAUGCUGAUUUAAUUUAAACCACCUCCAAAAACUUUGUUUAAGAUAAUUCAUGGCUUAGGCGGUUCCAAACAACAUUAUCUCCAACAUGAUCAGCCUACCUUUCUAAUUACUUUAAAAAGAUAUUGUAAAGUAGAGAUUUAAAGAUGGUGAUCUGCCCCCAUCAUCACACAUUAAUCAGUAUUUACAUUGCUGCAAUGAUCAGCAAUCAUCAUGACUAAAACACGAUGCAAAGUCACAUAAAAUAACGAGACUUCACCAGAUUUUCAGGGAUUCUUGGUUAACUACAAAGCUUCUAGCGUUGACCGGGAAGAGAAAAGUACUCUUUUUUUCUACAAUAAAUUUCUCAGGAUCACAGGCUUGCAUAUGAGAAUUUUAUGUGGAAGGAAUUGACUUUAAGGAUGAUCAAGAUUAUAAUUAUCAUAAAUUUCAUUUGGGUUUGACUUACUCCACAUAUUACAGAUUCCUAUAUAUAUAAAGAUGUGCUGAACUAAACAAUCAGCAUUCGAGUUUACAAAAAUAUAUACGAGUUCAGAAUUAUCAAAUCCUUACAAUGUUCGGGGACAUUAUCUAUUUUAUUUUGUGGGGUUUGUUUCCCCUACUACUUUUGCUAGUUUCUUUCAUUUUCUUGAGGCACGAGCAAUGCUGCAAAGACAAAAGAAAGCUGCCACCAGGGGAAAUGGGGUUUCCACUUAUAGGGGAGACCAUGGAAUUCUUCAAUGCUCAGAGGAGAAACAAGUUAUUUGAAGAGUUUUUUCAUCCUCGAAUUCUGAAACAUGGGAAGAUCUUCAGAACAAGGAUCAUGGGGUCUCCAACUGUGGUUGUGAAUGGAGCUGAGGCCAAUAAAUUCUUACUGUCCAAUGAGUUCAAGUUGGUGAAAAGCUCUUGGCCUUCUUCAUCAGUUGAGCUCAUGGGAAGGGACUCUAUAAUGGAGAAAGAUGGUGAAAGGCACCGGUUCCUCCGUGGUGUCAUUGCCACAAGCCUUGGUUAUGCUGGACUUGAGCUACUGGUUCCAAGAUUAUGCAACUGUGUUCAGUUUCAUUUAGCUACAAACUGGAAGGGCCAAGAGAAUAUCAGUAUUCACCGUUCAACAAAAGUCCUCACUUUUAGCAUAGUGUUUGAGUGUUUGUUGGGAAUCAAAGUGGAGCCAGGUAUGUUAGAUACCUUUGAAAGAGUGUUGGAAGGAGUGUUUUCCCCAGCUGUUAUGUUUCCAGGUUCUAAAUUUUGGAGGGCAAAGAAGGCCAGGGUGGAGAUAGAAAAGAUGUUGCUCAAAGUGGUGAGAGAGAAGAGAAAGGAAAUGGAAGGAAGCUCAGAAAGAGAACAAGAUGGAAUGCUGCUGUCCAAUUUGGUAUGUGGGAUGAUCCAAGGGGAGAUAAGUGAAAAAGAAGUCAUAGACAAUGUGGUGUUACUAGUUUUUGCAGCUCAUGAUACCACUUCUUUUGCUGUUGCCAUGACAUUCAAAAUGUUGUCUCAGCAUCCUGAUUGCUAUGGAAAAAUUCUUCAAGAACAUGUUGGCAUAAUAAGCAACAAAAACCGGGGUGAGAAUCUGACAAUGGAGGAUAUAAAAAAGAUGAAGUAUACAUGGCAAGUUGCGAGAGAAAGCAUGAGAUUGUUCCCUCCUAUCUUUGGUUCUUUCAGAAAGGCUGUUACUGAUAUUGAAUAUGAAGGAUUCGUGAUUCCUAGAGGAUGGAAGAUGCUAUGGACAACAUACGGGACACAUUACAAUGAAGAAUAUUUCAAGGAUCCUAUGAAUUUCAACCCAAGUAGGUUUGAGGAGGGAGUACCCCAAUAUGCAUAUGUACCCUUUGGAGGAGGACCAAGAGUUUGUGCAGGGUACCAAUUAGCCAAGUUAAACAUCCUCGUAUUUGUGCACUAUGUUGUGACACAAUACGAGUGGUUCUUACUCCAUCCAGAUGAACCUGUGACAAUGGAUCCCUUGCCUUUCCCUUCCCUCGGAAUGCCCAUCAGAAUUUCUCCCAAACAUGCAUAAAAGCAACCUCAAAAUGAAUUUGUUUCGGUUGGUUUGUGAGUUCAAGGUUAAGUCUUUUCGCGCAGAUUAUACUCUUCAAGCUUAAGUCUCAAUAUGAUCCUAUUCUUAUAUAGUUCGGUUUACUCGGAUGUCACCUAAAAAAAUAUUUCGAAGCUCAAAUCAACAUUUGUUUGAAUAU